AUGCUACUAACCACACAAAUCUUGAAUGAUGCCCCGGUAGUGCUUAACCCAGAACAGCGUGUAACCUUGGUCCUACGAGGGUUGCACUUGACAGAGAUUCCAAAUACUCUUGUGCCACAAGAUAAGUUUCAAGUGUUGGAUUUGAACAACAAUGAGCUAAUUGGACUAGAUAACAUUACAAUGGGCCAAACACAACUAGAAGUUGUUCUACUUGCAAACAACAAUAUUUCAUAUAUCGAUGAAGACGUCGCAGGACUCGGUAGCAUAAAGUCAUUGUCCUUGAUGAACAACAAUUUGUAUUGCUUUCAACCUUGCUUUUCCAAAGUGUUUAGCAAUAUAGUAAAUCUAGUGCUCACAGGGAACCCUAUAGUCCAGAUUCCAGAAUACAGGCUCUUUAUGAUAUGGCUAGUACCGAGCUUGAAGGUGUUGGAUUUCAAAAGAGUGAAAUCUAAAGAGAUACUUGAUGCAGAACAACGAUUCGGCGUGGAUAGACUGGUGUACAAUGAGCAUGCAACCGCCAUGUUUGAAGCUAAACCACCUAGCUUUAACCUGCGACUGAAUAAUCACCAGCAGCCGGUUUUGUCUUCUGAUAAGCAGAUGAGUGUUUUGGCAAAGAAGCUUCCCGACGAGGUUAAGGCCGAGCUUUUGAAGAAAUUAGAGGCUGCCACAACGAUCGAAGAGAUAGACAUGCUCGAAGAAGCAUUAAAACUGGGGGAUAUAUAA